AGUGCCGCCGCCGCAGUAUCUCACCGACACCGACAGACUGAGCCGCAGCCGUAUACUUUUACGCCGCUACCGAACAUGGCGCAUAAGUAAUAAGUAUGUGUUCGUGGUCGUAAUCGAGCUGUCUGCCCCGUUGUCGCGCAAGUGUCACGAUGCUCGCGAUUGAUCUCUGAACGUUUCCCAAUCAAACAAGAUCCCUAAAACGGUCGGGUGAUCUUGCUCCUGUAACGGGCUGUUGGGGUUAGAAACGCUGCAACAUCAGCUGUCAUGGGUAACGAGAAGAGCGCCCUGAGCGGCUUGGAGAUCGAUGACAAGGCUGUGGAGAUCACCGACUUCUGGACGCAUCACAGCUCGAAUAUCCAUGGUUCGAACCCCCAGAGUUUGUCAGUUUUCAUCAGCGAGCCGUCGCUGCACUCUGAUUGCAGCUUUGGGAAACCGUCGCCCUUGGAGAAAGCUGCCAAGAAUUUGAUGCUGCAUCGGCACCCGUGCAUACUGAAGUAUGUGUCGUCUUGGUCCAAGGGCAGCAAAUUUUUCCUGGCUACAGAGGAAGUUAAACCUCUGGUACAAGUGAUAGGAUCGCAGACCACGCUGCAGAUAUGCGUUGGUCUGUACAGUGUACUGAGAGCUCUGCUGUUCCUUCAUGAAAAUGCUUCUGGCUCACACAACAAUGUCUGCAGUAGUUCUAUUUAUGUUACCUCAGAAGGUUGUUGGAAGCUGGGAGGUUUGGAAUACUUUUGCCGGAAGUCAGAACUCAAUGUCGCUUACUUUAGAAAAAUUAAAACUUAUCGUUAUGAGAACGCUAUAUCACCUGAUGAAGACACGCUCAUGCAGUCUAUUUCCGACGAUCCUAGUGCCAUUGACAAGUAUGCCUUUGCUGUCUUAGCAGAAGAGGUAUUGAAACUCAAAGAUGAAGAUGAUGUUCCUGGCCUGGCAGAGUUCAGAGAACUUUGUAAACAGAAAUUAGACGAUGUUACGCUUUCUUCACUGACUAAUCAUCCAUUUUUCAUGCAUGACUUCAUGAAAAUUUAUGCAUUUUUAACAGAGUUACCACUCAAGAGUGAAAGUGAGAAAGAGGAAUUUUUCUUAAAUUUAGUUUCCCAGCUGCAAAAUUUUCCAGAAAAAAUAGUUGCAGAACAGCUUGGAAAAUUAUUAUUGUCCAGAAUGGUUUUGUUGGAUUCAACUGCUCAAUCAAAGCUACUUCCAUUCAUUCUAAAACCAAAAGAAAAAGAUGACGACUCGGGACUAUUAUCUGUGUCGACGUUCCAAGCGUGCCUAGUGCCAAAGCUACUACAAAUGUUCUGCGUUCGCGACGCACCUAUCAGACUGUUGCUUUUGACGCAUUUGAACUCCUUCAUGAAAACGUUCCAGAUAGACGAUCUCAAGCACCGAAUACUACCUGAGCUCCUCGUCGGAAUAAAAGACACGGACGAUUGCUUAGUAAGCACAACUCUUCGGGCCCUUGCCGAUCUGGUACCAAUCCUCGGCGCAGCAACGGUAAUCGGUGGCAACAGAGGCAAACUUUUUACCGACGGCCGACCUAACAAAGUUCAGAGAAACAAAAAGAUCCACCAUGUGACCUUCGGUACACCGUCCAAAACUAUAAAUACGUUGAACGUGCCAAUAGCUCCAGAGAUUCCAGCGGCCCUUUACUUACCAGAGAGGCCAUCGCCCGACGGUGGCGAGGACAAGACCGAAGUGAGUCACAGUUUUCCCGAAGAAGAGAACUGGUCAGAUUGGGAGGGUCAGGAAAACGAAACGAGUAUCGUACAAAACGGUAAGCUCGAGGAUGCGCCUGACACCAUCGUGAUAGAGGAGGAAUUCGCCACUAUUCCGCUAUCACUGCCGACAUCGUCCGCAGUGAAAAACUACAAGAAAAAGCCAAUAAUCUCGGACAUAUCCGAGCUCGACAUCAAACAUUCCAAAUCGAUGAGUGAACCUGUGGAGGAGAUCGACUUCUUCACGGACAUGGAGCCGGUUAUACAAAAAACACAAGUAUUGCAUGUAGAAGAGAUCUCAACGACGACGACGGAAAUGGAGACUAAAAGUAUUUUCAACGUCAAUCUGGCACCAGUAGCUACAGAAGAUGGCGAUGACGCGGGAGAUGGAUGGGGCGACGACGAUCUCGACGACUGGGACGUCGAGAGUCCACAGCAAUGAAGAGAUUUUGUGAUAUACGUGAGUGACGAGGAUUUUUAUAAGCGCUUUAGCAAAGCAGACACAACAUGCCGAAGGUAUGCUGCGUUGACGAAAUUUCAAAUGCAGCGUUUCUUCAAUGUUUCCUACCUUUUUUGAUAACGCGUAGCAGAUGAGAUGCUUAGCCAUUGUUUGUACAUAAGAUAAGAGAAUGCGAAUUAUGCUAUAAUACCUGUUUAUUAGGAGCGCGAUUUAAGUAACGCAGAAAAGCUGAAGAUUCUCAACCUAUCGGUUUACCUUUAAAUUUUGUGUUCAUGCGGCACAAUAUUUUUGUAUAUCGAUGAUCCCGUCGACGCUUGUCAUCGUUAAACGCGAAAUGACUUUACCGGGUGUCAAAACCUCCUCUCAAUCUAUACGUACACGUGUAAAAUAAGUGCAAUUUUUGCUUGUUAUCUUUUUUCUGUAAAUAACGACCCUUUAUUGUAUAUUUGAGAUAUGUACAUUAAACGAUAAUUACAAUAAACAGUAAGAAAGUUUUUUUCUCUACAAUAAAAUAGAA